AUGGUAGGGGACGUCCCCGUUGGCGGCCCCGAACCGGUGGUCAUGGCGGGUCCCUGUUCGGUAGAGGACGAAGAGCAGAUGGUAAGCACCGCCAAGGCAGUCAAGGCCGCUGGCGCUCGCGUCCUGCGGGGUGGCGCCUUCAAGCCACGGACUUCACCCUAUAGUUUCCGUGGCAUGGGUCUGGACGGCCUCAAGCUCUUGAACACUGCCAAACAGGAGACGGGCCUACCCAUAAUCACCGAGGUGAUGACACCCGGAGAUGUGGACACAGUCGCCCAGUAUUCAGACGUGUUGCAGGUUGGCGCCCGUAACAUGCAGAACUACAACCUGCUGGAUGCCGUCGGUGAAACCAGGAUGCCGGUCAUGGUGAAGCGCGGGCUGGCUGCUUCCUACGAGGAAUGGUUACUGGCCGCCGAGUAUGUUCUGGCCGGUGGCAACAAUAACGUAAUGCUUUGCGAGCGGGGAAUUCGUUCCUUCGAAAGUAUGACCCGUUUCACGAUGGACGUAGCGGCCAUACCUGUAAUCAAGCGGCUGAGCCACUUGCCCAUCAUUGGCGACCCGAGCCACAGCACCGGCCACUGGUAUCUUGUGACUCCCGUUGCGCUGUCAGUAAUAGCCGCGGGCGCUCAUGGUUUGCUGAUCGAGGUGCACCCCAACCCGGAUCUCGCCAAGUGUGACGGUCCCCAGUCGCUUACUUUCGAAAACUUCUCCAACCUGAUGAACCAGGUGCGCGCCGUCAAAGGUGCCCUGGCGGGGGAGCCGGUCGGAGCAUAA